AACAUCGCAAGCUCCAACGAUGAAGUUCUUUGCUCUGUUCGCAUUCCUGCUCCUCGCUUUUGUCGCCGUCCAGGCAGCACCUGGCCGUGGUGGACCAGCCGGUGGUGCUGGUGGUGCUAGUGGCGGUGCCACGGCCACUGCCAAUGCCAAUGCUGAGGCGCUGAGCUCAGGAAAUGGACCCGCCUCGGCCACAGCCAAUGCCAAUGCUGUUGCCACUUCCCAGGGCGGUGCCGCUGGCCGUGGCGGCAACAAACGCGGCUAACUCAAGAGAGAGCCUUCACGGAUCGACCUGGAACGACAUCCGGAUACGAAGCAACUGCAAAAAUGGGCACGUCCCUUGACGGGCCUCCACGGACAUUAACAUUUGAAUAAAAAACAUUUCUGUGCGGAAGCUACAUUUUGAACAUGAA